UGCUCAGACCAGUUAGCUACGGUAACUAGAACAGUCCACACCUGGAAUACAGAAAUUUUAAAUAUAUUAUGGUUUGCUGACUGUUGUGAAUUGCAGCUUCUCCUCGGAUUUCCGCACUGCUGGUGAGAGUGGUAUAAAUACCGGCUUUAACUACAAAUGAACAAAAUUGUGAUGACACGUUAAUGGUGUAAACUGGUGAGGUUAACCAUCAGCAGGCUUUUUACACAUUCAGGAUAAGACUGGGUUCUUAGGGCCUACCAGAGGAAAUCAUCAUCAAUAAAGUCUAAUUGGUUUUGAUUUAAAGAAAUACAUCAUAGUGGCAAGUUACUGUUUUCAAAGACAACUCCAAAUCAUUUUUUUUUUCUCCUGGAUCUUUGGGGCCCACUAUGUUAGCAGAUAUGGUAUCUGGUGGGCCAGUCCGAUGCUUUACACAUGGCAGUCUUUAGUAUAUGAUACACCGACUUCACCAAUGCAUAAGGCCUCAGCCAAAGAAUGUGAUAAGCGCCUCCUUGUGCUCCUGGAGGAGGGAGGGACGCUGUGACUUAUUGUGCAGCCUGCCUCUUGCUUUGUGUCUCAGUAGAUGUCACAAGCUGCAGCCCCUGACCUGUGCUGAUACAAGAAGAAAACAUGGGGUUGUGGACUUUUAUGACUGCGGCUCUUAUUCUGCUCCUGAUCCUGGUUGUCCUCUGUUUCCUUCUUUACUGUGGAUACAUCUACUACAUACAUAUGAAGUAUGACCACAUCCCUGGUUCCCCCAGAGACAGUUUUCUCUUUGGACACUCACCAACAAUAAUGAAGCUGAUGAAGAAUAAUAUGGUUAUGUAUGACACCUUCCUGGAAUGGGUUGAGAAGUACGGUCCAGUGGUACGUGUUAAUAUGUUACACGGUACAUUUGUCAUUGUUAUCAGUCCAGAAUGGGUUAAGGAAUUCUUGAUGUCACCAAAAUAUGCCAAAGAUAAAUUCUAUGAACGUGUUGAAACUUUGUUUGGAACAAGGUUCCUGGGAAAGGGUUUAGUGACAGAUCGAGACUAUGACCACUGGCACAAACAGAGGAGGAUGAUGGAUCCAGCAUUCAGCAGAACCUAUCUGAUCGGAUUAAUGGGAACGUUCAAUGAAACAGCAGAAGACCUGAUGGACAUACUGGGAGAUAAGGCAGAUGGAAAAUGUCAGGUUGGGAUGCACGAUAUGAUGGGUAGGGUCACACUGGACGUCAUAGCCAAGGCUGCUUUUGGGAUGGAGCUGAACUCCCUUCACGAUGAUCAGACACCAUUCACCAAAGCCAUCACAACUGUAAUGAGAGGAAUGGUUGAGACACGGAAUCCUUUAGUGCAGUAUAUGCCAGGAAAGCAGGCUUUUAUCAGAGAAGUCAAAGAGAGUGUCAAACUCCUCAGGGAAACCGGACGAGAAUGUAUUUUACAAAGAAGGAAGGCGAUUCAGGAUGGAGAAGACAUUCCUAUGGAUAUCCUCACACAGAUCCUUAAAGGAGCCGAGAUAGAAGAUGGCUGCAGUCUAGAGAAUUUAAUAGAUAAUUUUGUCACAUUCUUUGUUGCAGGUCAAGAAACAACGGCCAACCAGUUAUCCUUCGCUGUGAUGGAAUUAGCACGAAACCCGGAGAUCCUGACAAGAGUCCAGACUGAAGUGGAUGAAGUUCUUGGCUCCAAAAGAGACAUUGAAUAUGAAGAUCUUGGAAAACUACAGUAUCUGUCCCAGGUCUUAAAGGAAACCUUAAGGUUGUACCCAAUAGCCCCUGGGACAUCAAGAGUCCUAGAGAAGGAAAUGGUCAUCGAAGGGGUGAGGAUUCCUCCUGGAACAACUCUUAUGUUAAAUACUUACAUCAUGGGUCGGAUGGAGAAAUAUUAUCAAGAUCCCUUGGUCUUCAAUCCUGACAGAUUUCACCCUGAUGCUCCUAAGCCUAGCUAUGCCUACUUUCCAUUUUCUCUUGGACCACGAUCAUGUAUUGGGCAAGUAUUUGCUCAGAUGGAGGCAAAGGUUGUCAUGGCCAAGCUCCUGCAAAGAUUUGAGUUUGAGCUGGUGGAAGGACAGAGCUUCAGGAUCUUGGACACUGGGACCCUGCGUCCUAUGGAUGGUGUGAUCUGCAGACUGAGACCCCGAGCAGAGCACAAAUCCAGAAAAUAAAA